GCAGCAGACCCUUGCCCUUUGUGCCUGUACGCGCCGCACUUGGAAGCAGGAGAUGGGCUCAGCAAUAGCCAGCAGGUCAUGAUCCAGGAGGAGCAGUGAGGGAAAGAGCUGCUGAAUUCAUUCUGAGGGCAGCCUUGUGGAUGGCCCCGAAGCAAUCCUGAUGGAACAAGACAGAACCAACCAUGUUGAGGGCAACAGACUAAGUCCAUUUCUGAUACCAUCUCCUUCUGCCAUUUGCCAGACGGAAUCUCUGGCUCUAAAGCUCCAGAAUGGAAGACCAUUAACUGAGAGACCUCAUUCAGAAGUAAACGGAGACACCAAGUGGCAGUCUUUCAAAAGUUACUAUGGAAUGCCCCCUAUGCAAGGGAGCCAAAAUAGUCCUGUGAGUCCAGACUUUAGCCAAGAAGGUAGGGGGUAUUCCAAGUGUUUGCAAAAUGGAGGAAUCAAACGCACAGUUAGCGAGCCGUCUCUCUCUGGGUUCCAUCAGAACAAGAAAUUGAAACAAGACCAAAAGCCUAAUGGAGAAAGAAAUGACUUCAGGGAAAGCCAAGAAAAUAAUCCAGGCGAAAGCAGCGGUCAGUCAGAUGUCUCUGAUUUGAGUGAUAAGAGAGAACCUGGGAGCUCUGUAACCCAAGAAAAUGCAGUUGAAGAUUUAGUCAGUUUUUCAACACACAACUGCAGUGAGUCUGAAGAGGCGGGGCUCCAGAUUCCAAAUAAGCAGGAGGAGGAAAAUGUCAACGCCCAUGACAAGAACAUUGUAUUACUUCUUAAAAACAAGACAGUGCUAAUGCCGAAUGGUGCUACAGUUUCUGCCUCUUCCAUGGAAAACACACAUGGUGAACUCCUGGAAAAAACACUGUCUCAAUAUUAUCCAAACUGUGUUUCCAUUGCGGUGCAGAAAACCACGUCUCACAUCAAUGCCAUUAACAGCCAGGCUACUAAUGAGUUGUUAUGUGAGAUCACUCAUCCAUCCCAUACCUCAGGACAGAUCAGUUCCCUACAGACCUUGAACUCUGAGCUGCCUCCAGCACCAGCUUCAGUGUUGACUAUGGCGUGUGAUGCCAGUAAUGCUGGGAAAGCACCUGCAGUGCUCGGUACCUAUCCUUUUCAGAAACCAGAACAGCUACAACCACAAAAAUCAGAUUUUGAGAUAUGCCCAUCUCCUGCCGAAAACAGCAAUAUUCAAGGAACGACAAAGCUUGUAUCUGGUGAUGAAUUCUGUUCAGGUUCCAGCAGCAGUGUGCAACCUCCUGACGGCAGCUCUGAGCGAUAUUUAAAGCAAAAUGAAAUGAAUGGUGCUUAUGUCAAGCAAAGCUCAGUGUUUACUAAGGAUUCCUUUUCUGCCACUACCACACCGCCACCAUUGCAGUCGCUUCUUUCCACUCCCCCUCCUCAGAUUUCGCAGCUACAUUCAGAAGGAAAAAUCCCUCUGGAUGAUGGAGCUUUAGAACACCAUCACUAUCCCAACCAAAACGACACAACUCUUUUAGGGGAAGCAAAAGUAGAGAGCCAGCAAGAGGCACCACCACCCCAGAGUUCUAACCCAUCAACACUUGCAGCCAGUCCUUCUCUGAUUCUUCAGGAAAGGCCCCAGAAUAAUUGUGUUAAUAAGACUGAUGUAUGGACCCCGGGGACAACAGCUGUUCCAUUGUGUUUGGACAAAACAAGACAAAUAUCAGAAAAUCUCAAACACAACUCACCAAUUCUUGGUUGCAGUGUAGAUCCACAGGGCCAAUGCCAGCAGACGAUGGGACACAAAGAGCAAGAGAUUCUAAAAAGCCAAGUCAAGGAGCAAGUACAAGAACUUGAGCUUCCAACCCAGUCCUUCCUGAAACCAGGGUGGAUUGAAUUGAAAGCCCCUCAUUUUCAUCAAGCAGAGUCCCAUCCAAAAUAUAAUGAGGCAUCGCUGGGCCCACCUCUUUACUACGAAUCCCACCCUUCUAAUCAGAUGACCUCAAAACAAUACAUUGGAAAUUCCAACAUGCCGGAGGGACUCCCAGGGCAAGCCUAUGUCCAGAAAAUAGUACAGCCAGAGCUAAGGCCACAAAUGUACCACACUGAGAAGAACCAAGGGCCAUCUCAAGGUACAGUGGACCAGCAUCUCCAGUUCCAAAACCCCUCACUCCAGGUACCCUUCUCCAAGACAGACCCAUCACCUGAAGCUCACGUGAUGUCACUGGGUACCCCUAGACUUAAUUUUCAAUCAAGAGUAGAUCCACAAAUGGAGAAACUCAUGCCUACGUCAUUAAAACAGCAUUUGAAUCAACAAGCUUCAGAGACGGAGGCUUUCUCAAACUCAAACCUUUCACAGUUUAAGCCACCCGAGCAGGCAGCACAAACACAGGUAUCCCAGAAUACACAUCUGCCUCAGAACCAGCAGCAGCAACAACAACAAAGAAUGCAAAUGAAGGCUAAAGAACAAAUGCCUCAGGCCUUUUCACAUCCACAAAGCAGCAAUGAGCAGCAAAGAGAAAGCGUGUUCUUUGGCCAGAUGAAAGUAGAAGAGGGCUUUCAUGGUGAAAAUCAGUAUUUGAAAUCAAGUGAAUUCCAGACUCAUAACACCCAACCAACACUGGAGCAAGGGCAGAAUAUGACGAGUAGAAAUUCCCCUUAUGGUCAGAUUCUCACAUCAAAUGCCAGCAGCGUACAGCUUUCCUGUGUGAACAAUGCACAUGUAGUUCCAGAGAAGAAAGAGCAGACCAUAAAAACUGAGCUUUAUGCAGGAAACAAGACUCAAAACAUAUACCACACUCAAUACUUUCCAAAUAAUGUGACCCUAACGCAGGAUGCUUUUCAAAGGUGCUUUCAAGAACACGAGCAGAGGCUUCAACAUGCUUCUGCUCUACAGGGAUAUAAGAGUAGAAACCAAGACGUGGCUAGUCAACAAGCUGCACAACUUGCUCAACAAAGGUACUUGAUGCAUAACCAAGCCAAUGCUUUCCCGGUGCCUGACCAAGGAAGAAGUCACACUCAGACCCCACCCCAAAAGGACCUUCAAAAGUAUGCUGCUCUAAGGUGGCACCUCUUGCAGAGGCAGGAACAGCAGCAAGCACAGCAAUCACAAACGGAGACGUGCCCUAAUCAGAUGCACAGGCCCAUUAAAGUGGAACCCGGGUCCAAGCCUCAUGCCUGUAUGCGUCCCGUCUCGGCACGGCCAGACAGCAAAACGUGGAAAAAGAUACCUAAGCAAGAGAGUCCUGCUAUAAGCUAUGAUACUGUGCAGCAAAAGAGCAUCAUCGAGACCAUGGAGCAGCACCUGAAGCAAUUUCAGGUUAAAUCAAUAUUUGACCAAAAGGCUCCUGCAUUCCGAUCACAAAAGCAGGUGAAAGUUGAAAUGUCAGGACCCAUCACAGUGCUAUCGAGACAAACCACUGCUGCAGAACUUGAGAGUCACCCCCCCACUUCAGAGCAGCAAGCAACUCAUUCUUCAGAAAAGACACCAACCAAAAGAACAGCUGGUUCUGUUCUCAAUAAUUUUUUAGAGUCACCUUCCAAAUUGCUAGAUACGCCUAUAAAAAAUUUAUUGGACACACCUGUCAAGACUCAGUAUGAUUUGCCACCAUGCAGAUGUGUAGAGCAAAUUAUUGAAAAAGAUGAAGGUCCUUUUUAUACCCAUCUAGGAGCAGGUCCUAAUGUGGCAGCUAUUAGAGAAAUCAUGGAAGAAAGGUUGGGAGAGAAGGGUAAAGCUGUUAGGAUUGAAAGAGUCGUCUAUACUGGUAAAGAAGGCAAAAGCUCUCAGGGAUGCCCUAUUGCCAAAUGGGUGAUUCGGAGAAGCUGCAAUGAGGAGAAGCUGCUGUGUUUGGUGCGGGAACGAGCGGGCCACACCUGUAAGGCUGCAGUGAUUGUGAUUCUCAUCCUGGUUUGGGAAGGAAUCCCCCGGACUCUGGCUGACUCACUCUACUUGGAGCUCACCGAGUCCCUGAAGAAAAACGGCGUUCUCACCACUCGUCGGUGCUCCCUGAAUGAAGAGAAGACCUGUGCCUGUCAGGGGCUGGAUCCUGAGACUUGCGGUGCCUCCUUUUCCUUUGGUUGUUCGUGGAGCAUGUACUACAAUGGAUGCAAGUUUGCCCGGAGCAAGAUCCCGAGGAAGUUUAGACUGAUUGGGGAUGACCCAGUAGAGGAAGGAAAACUGGAGGAUCAUUUGCAAGGCCUGUGUACUAUUAUGGCACCAAUCUAUAAGAAACUUGCACCUGAUGCUUAUGAUAAUCAGAUUGAAUAUGAAGAGAGAGCAUUGGACUGCCGUCUGGGAUUGAUGGAAGGCCGGCCAUUUUCAGGGCUCACUUGCUGUCUGGACUUCUGUGCUCAUGCCCAUAGAGACUUGCACAACAUGCAGAAUGGCAGCACAUUGGUGUGUACCCUCACCAGAGAAGACAAUCGAGGAGUUGGUGGAAAACCUGGGGACGAGCAGCUUCAUGUUCUGCCUUUGUACAAAGUGUCUGAUGUGGAUGAGUUCGGGAGCGUAGAAGCUCAGGAGGAGAAGAAACAGACCGGUGCCAUUCAGGUCCUGAGCUCUUUUCGGCGUAAAGUCAGGAUGUUAGCAGAGCCAGUCAAGACAUGCCGGCAACGGAAGCAAGAAGCCAAGAAAGCUGCGGCCGAGAGACUCUCCUCUCAGGAGAACAGCUCACAUAAGCCCGAGAAGGAAAAGUCCGCUUCCUCACGUACCAAACAGACCGAAAAUGCAAGCCAAACCAAACAGUUGGCAGAACUCUUGCGGCUUUCGGGACCAGUCAUGCAGCAGCCCCAGCAACCACAGAAGCAGCCCCUGCAACAGCAGCCGCCGCCGCCACCUCCCCCCCAACAACGACAGCAGCAGCAGCAGCAGCAGCAGCAGCAGCAGCCACAGGCACAUCACCCCUUGACUAGUAACCCACAGUCAGACUCUAUCAAUUCUUACUCUUCUUCUGGACCCACCAAUCUCUAUAUGAGACGGCCCAAUCCAGUUAGCUCAUAUACAAGUUCUUCACACACUUCAGAAAUGUACGGGAGUACCAACCCAAUGAACCUCUAUUCCACCUCAUCCCCAAAUGUCGGAUCAUAUUUCCAUUCUUCUAACCCUAUGAACACCUAUCCUGGGCUUUUGAAUCAGAAUAACCAGUAUCCAUCAUAUCAGUGCAAUGGAAAUGUAUCAGUGGACAACUGUGCGCCAUAUUUGGGUCCUUAUUCUUCCCAGUCUCAGCCUGUGGAUCUUUAUAGGUAUUCAAGUCAAGACCCCAUCUCUAAAUUAAACUUGCCACCCAUCCAUACCUUAUACCAGCAACGGUUUGGGAAUAGCCAGAGUUUUUCUUCCAAAUACUUGAGUUAUGGAAACCAAAACAUACAGGGGGAUGCCUUCAGCAGCUGUACCAUUCGACCAAAUGUACACCAUGCAGGGCCAUUUCCUCCUUAUUCCACCCAUGAGAUGGAUGGCCACUUCAUGGAAGUUGCGUCUAGAUUACCAGCCAAUUUGAAUAAUCCAAACAUUGACUGUAAAAAUGGCGAGCAUUUUCCACCUUCUCCUCUCAUCCAUAACUACAGCGCAGCUCCUGGCAUGCUCAGCAGCUCUCGGCAUGGUCUGCAUCUCCAAAACAAGGAGAACGACAUGCUCUCCCACACGGCCAAUGGGUUAUUGAAAAUGCUUAUCCAUGAGAGGACUGCGGCUGCCCCCGAAGGCUUCCACAAAGUAACCGAUGCUGGCAGUCAGGAGAAGCAGCCUGCAGGGCCGGCUCAGGGCGGGGCUUCUGCUGCCGAGGGUAAUGACGAGGUGUGGUCCGACAGCGAGCAGAGCUUUCUGGACCCCGACAUCGGGGGAGUAGCUGUGGCUCCGUGUCAUGGGUCAAUUCUUAUCGAGUGUGCAAAGCGUGAGCUACACGCCACAACCCCCUUAAAAAAUCCGAAUAGGAAUCACCCCACCAGGAUCUCCCUUGUAUUUUAUCAGCAUAAAAGCUUGAAUGAGCCCAAGCAUGGCCUGGCCCUCUGGGAAGCCAAAAUGGCCGAAAAAGCCCGGGAGAAAGAGGAAGAGUGUGAGAAGUACGGCCCGGACUACGUGCCUCAGAAAGCCCACGGCAAGAAGGUGAAACGGGAGCCGAUCGAGCCGCACGAACCCGCAGAACCCACUUACCUGCGCUUCAUCAAGUCGCUGACUGAACGGACCAUGUCCAUAACCACACCCUCUUCGGUAACUACAUCCCCAUAUGCCUUCACUCGGGUCACUGGGCCUUACAACAGAUACAUAUAACAUCACCUUUUCUGUUGGUUACCUCAUUUAAACGACCACAACCAACCUGUCAGUUAUGUAGUCUUCGUGGCGUGGGCAGUGGGCACAGGGCACAGUAUUUGUGAUGAACCGGACGUGGUGGGGAAAGCUUUGGCUCACCUGCACAUAAAGAAAUGAUUUUACCAGAGCACUUAAUUUCCACUGACUCCUCUUAAGUGGUCACAGAUGGCAUCUAGGAAAAAGACCAAAGCGUUCUAUGCAAAGGAAGGUAAGGAAGAGUGGGUCUCAAUUUGCAUUUUUCGACACUGGUUCUAUUAUGAAUAAGAUGGUAUGUAAAUGUGACUCCCCCCCUCUUACAACUCUGCAUCUGUGACCACUUUUACUAAUAAGGAGUUUGCAUAGUCAUGGAACAUAGUACUGUAGUCUUACAGUGGCAGGAAUCUUAACAUACCAUCUGGUGCUGAAUAUACGAUGUACUGAAAUACUGGAAUUUUGGUUUUUUAACAUGCAGUUUUUACUGUAAUCUUAAUAUUAACUUUUAUUUAUCAUGAUAGCUACCGGAAGCAUACAUGAGUAGACUGUAAAACACUGAAUUUGUUUGGAUGCUUCUAAGAAAUGGUGCUAAGAAAACGGUGUCUUUAAUAGUUAAAAAUUUGAUGCCUUUAUAUCAAGAUGCUAUCAGUGUACUCCAGUGCCCUUGAAAAUAGGGGUGCCGGUCAUUCAAGUUUUUAUCAUAGUGACCCCAUUCUUAUACAAGUUUAGUUUUCCAAAUGUGGACAUUUUAAAGGCCACUGGAUUUUGCUCAUCCAGUGACGUCCUUGUAGGACAAUAAACGUAUAUAUGUACAUAUAUGUAUACUUACAUGUAUAUGUAUAAAUAUUUGAAAUGGUGUCUUAGAAGCACUUUGUCUACCUAAGCUUUGGCAACUUGAACAAUGCUAAGGUACUAAGACGUUUUUUAAAAAUUUGCUUUGAGUAUCAAAUGAAAAGUUGAUUAUUUUUUUUAAUUUAAAAGAAAUAAGGAAAGUGUUUGAAAAUGUUUUUGCUUUUUGUCACGCCUCUGCUCAUGAGCAGUGUGUCCAUUUUUAAUGCAGCCAGUUUAAUCCAAAAUGGGGCUUACUGGAUUCAUGGGAAUACAUUUGUCCACAAAACACAUUUUUUGGUGCUCAUCUCUCAUGCUCUACUGUAAAACUGUUCUAUACAAAGUUGUAUGACAAGUUCAUUGCUCAAAUGUAUACAGUUUUAAGAAUUUUCUGUUAACUGCAGGUAUUAAAUCGCGGCACGCUACCAACUCAACAAAGGUAGUUCACUUAAGUCUGUGCUAUUUCAUGGAUCUGUACGCUCUUCAAACAACGGAAUGGCAGUCGGCCUUUGUGUGGAUAAUUAUGUGCAUUGUGAUGUUGUCAUUUCUUAAGUGUCCUCAUUACCAGGAAGAUUGAGCAGACUGAUGCCUGCAUAAGAUGAAUAAACAGGGUUAGUUCUGUGUGAAUCUGUUCAUUAAAGAGACAAAAAUAAAAAGGGCAGCUGGUUUGCUGUGGUGGUUUUAAAAUCAUUAAUUUGUAUAAAGAAAUGAGAGAGUUGUAUAGUAAAUUAAAUUGUAAACAAAACUUUUUAACACAAUGCUUUAGUAUUUUAGUAUUGUAAGAAAUCAAAUAUAUAUAAAUAUAUAUACACAUAUACAUUAUAUAUAUCUAUAUAUAUAUAUAUGGGUUUGAAGCAGAAUUCACAUCAUGAUGGUGCUACUCAGCCUGCUACAAAUUUAUCAUAAUGUGAGCUAAAAAUUCAUUAAAAGUUUGAGUGAUGUUCCUACUUGUCAUAUACCUCAACACUAGUUUGGCAAUAGGAUAUUGAACUGAGAGUGAAAGCUUCUAACAUCGUGUACCAUCAUCCCCCCUCCCCCAAGUCUUUUUUUUUAAUGGUUUAAAAAACAUAACCAUACCCUUUUUCAAUACUUGAUUUCUUAGCAAGUAUAACUUGAACUUCAACCUUUUUUGUUCUAAAAAUUCAGGGAUAUUUCAGCUCAUGUUCUCCUUAUGCCAACAUGUCACCUGUGUUUAUGUAAAAUGGUAGAUUAAUAGGUUGGUUUCCCUCCCCACCCCCGGGGAUUUAGCCCCUUGAAUCCCUCCAAUUUUCCUUGUACAUGUACUGGUAUAACUAAAACUGAUUUUGUAAAUCUGUUGGUUCAUUAUAUUGUAAACAUUUUAAAAAGCAUUUUAAAAGUGUGAGGACUCUCUUGGCUGUUUAAGCAGGAAAACAGUUACACGAAAAGAGAAUGUGUUGAGUUGAUAAGGGAAAAUUGUAAGGCAGGAGUUUGGCAAGUGGCUGUUGGUAAGAGUUAACUCUCAACAGGACAUUCUGGACCUGUAAGGAACACAGGCACCGAAUUCAUGAGGCUUCCCUGAAGGGGCCAAGCACUGAGAAGUGUGGUGUGCAAUAUUUUGUAUGAUUACAUUGUGUUCAAAGCACAGUUUUGCCUACUAAGAUUUCAAGUAAGGUCUUAAGGAGAUCUCUCAGUUUGAUCAGUCUUUAUAAUAUGAAUUUUAUCUUUUUAAACAAAAUAUGGUCGUGUCCACUUUAAAUACAAGAAUUUCCUUUGCAUACACCAAACCAUGUCAUUUUAGUGUUUUGUAUAAACCAUGCUCAUGAACUCAAAAAAAAAAAAAAUUUCGUGCAUUUCGUGGGCUGAGCUGUGAGGAUGGCCCAGGGCUAGGCAAGGUUCACAAGGUCACCAUGAGCUGGAACCAGUUAUGCAGGACCCAAGGAUGACAACGUGGCCAUUUUCUGGGUGUUUAGUUUACCACCCCUGAUGAAUAUUUGGAUUCUAUAUCUGCCACUGUCAUUUGUCAAACUUCGUGCCCACAGGAACAGGGAGUGCAGUUUGAGGAGCUGGGGAGAGGUUAGAUAGGAAGCGAAGGAAAGAAGUUGCAAAUUGUCAAUAUCAAAUAUCUAAUUGUAAAUAUGAAACCUGCCUCAAUGAAUGGGAAGCAGAUGUACAAUUUGCUUAUAUAGGAAUAUCAGGUUGACUAUAUAGCCAUACUUGAAAAUGCUUCUAAGUGGUGUCAACUUUACUUGAAUGGAAACUUCAUCUUGAUUGAUGCACAGUGAUGUACAGCUCACUUCUCAAGCUAGUGGUUAACUUGUGUAGGAAGCUUCUGCAGUUUGACACUAAGGUAAUGAACUUCUGUGUGCAUUUUUCUACGCUUUUUAAAACUUAGUUUUAUUCAUUUUCAUGAAAUGUUUGGUCUGUUCAUAAAAAUAAGGAUGGUUUAUAAAUACUGUAAGUAUUGUAAUGUAAUGAAUGCAGGUUAUUUGAAAAGCUGUUUAUUAUUAUACCAUUCCUGAUAACGCUAUGUGAGUGUUUUUAAUAAAAUUUAUAUUUAUUUAAUGCA